AGAAGCGGCUUUUCAGGGCCAGUGAGCCGUUGAUGCACUACUUCGGCAACAACAGCCCAACACACGGUCCGCAAACAAACAGCUCAACAUCGAAGCUGUCUUUCUUUUCCCGUCGCCCGCUCCCGUGUUCGCAUCUCCCUCUAGAGCUCUGCUUUUUCUGCUCUUUUUCUAUCCGAAGACAGCUCACAGGAAAGAAAGAAACGUCUCACGCAGACGUACAACAAUUACCGCAACCACUGCCAGAAACACAAACACAAAUACAAACACAGACACACGACAACAACUAGCAACUAACAAACUCGCUAACACACGAUGCUGUCAUUGAAAAUCAAGGGCUGGCUGAAACGGUACGUGCCGACAAGAAUGAGACAGAAAUCGGUGGUCUUUAUGGGUGUAUGCACGCUGAUGGUCGUGUUCAUUCUGACCGUCCUGGCCCAGUCCGAGCAGGAACCCUUACAGGGCAUUCCUGGGGCCGUCGCCAACGUUGACAAACUGCAUCAGGAACCCGGAAUUGUCGUCGGUGAGCCCUCAGAGAGGAAGGGCUCUUCUCAGCAUGAACACGUCAACAUCCAGCCCAAGCCGGCUGGAGAGUCCCAACAGCAACAAGACUCGAAGUCGGAACAGGAAAAGCUCCAGAAGUCGAAACCAAUGCCAGCUCAGUCCUCCAAGUACGGCAUCUACUCCUCACUCUUUGAGGUGUUGGCCCAAAGCAAACCUAAGUGUGGCAAGUUGACAAACUUUAUGGCGGACAACGAAGAUAUCCAGAAGUUUAACAGCGACAAAACAAGCUUCACGAAAAAGCUUUUGGAAGACUUACUUCCUCUGACUGCAGAAGAAAAAUCACAGAUGAAAGAUUCUUUCCAAAAGGUACUAAACGGCUUCAAAGCCCUCAACAUGGAUGUCUUCGGACGUAAUGAUAAAACUCCUACCAGCGGGAAAGGUAUCGUCAUGGUAGGCGGACACAAAUUCUCGUGGUUGUCUCUCCUAAACAUUCAUCAGCUAAGAAGAAGAGGUUCGACGCUACCUGUCGAAGUGUACAUUCCAACUGCAAAGGAGUACGAUGACCAUUUCUGCAUGUCCGUACUGCCCGAGCUCGACGCCCGGUGCGUGCUCGGUUACGAGGAGCUUCCUUUCGCCCAGUAUGAGAAAUUCUUCAACUUACAAAGAUACGAGUACAAAAUUAUGGCCAUCCUGACGUCCAGCUUUGAGGACGUGCUUUUAUUGGAUUCAGACAACGUGGUUUUGGAAAACCCAGACGGGUUAUUCUCAUGGGACGUUUACAAAGAGUACCAACUGGUAUUGUGGCCAGAUUGCUGGCAAAGAACCACAAACCCAUUUCUUUUCGAUAUGUUGAAUGUCACUAUCGACUACUCCUCCGUCGAAGACUACUCCAUGUACAACCUCCACAAUUUGCCAGGUGCCAUCCCUAACCCGUCAACAGAGAGUGGAAUGAUGUUGGUCAACAAGCGCUCACAGGUCGAUACUUUGUUGAUUGCCUUGUAUUUUAACAUCUUUGGUUUUGAUUACUAUUACCCUUUAAUAACCCAAGGAAGUGCGGGCCAGGGGGAUAAGGACACCUAUAUUUUAGCUGCUUACGGUGCCAAAAAACCCGUGUAUCAGGUCAAACAGGGUGUUACCUUCAUUGGUCGUUUUGAAAAAGAUGGUGGAUUCACUUCAGGUGCCUUGGGCCAAUGCGACCCUACCACACAGGACGAGAAAAAAGCGAAAAUUGGUAGCUCCGGCUGUUCCACCUACAUGUUCUUGCAUUUGUCAUUUCCCAAAUUCUAUCCAGAAGAAAUUGCAGACAAGUUGAAAGGCCCAGAUGGUCACAUUGUCGAAUUUGAUGGUGUCGAUUGGGGUUACGAUUUGGAACUCCAGAUCUGGGAAAUGAUGUGUCAGUUGUUGUGUUCCAACUACAAGAAAAAUGUUAUCCAACCGGAAAAUGAAGCUUCUGAAUUACUUGCUCCUAAGUUCAGGAAGACUGGACAAAAGCUAAGUUAUAUCAAGAAGCUAAAUAUUAACGAAGAAUGUGAUACAAAACUUCUACCUCACCUACAAUUUUUGAGGAACUACUUUAAGUAUGCGGACAAGUCAACAAACCAAUUCCAUCAACAUUGGGAAGGUAAAGAUGCCUCGUAUUGAUACUUUUCAGUUGUUACGAGCAUUUUACCCUUUUCUCUCUCAUUGCAUUACCUCAAUCACUUUUUAAUCCACAACCCCUUUUUCAGGUUAUUCAAUGAUGUACAAGCUUUUACCAUUCUUCAUUCCUUCAUUAAUUGCAUGUAGUUCUACUAUCACACGUACCGGUACUUGUACUAGUACACUUUUACUUUUUAUAUACUAUACCCUUAUGCUAAUUUAGGGAGUUUAAUAUUUACUAGAUUCAAUUCAACCAUAAAUAUAAAUUCAACGGCACUCCU